AUGAACUCAAUCCUCAAUUGUAACUUCUUGUCAAUACUUGGACAGCUCGCUGAUGUAGCGGUUGGACCGUUUAACCUGGAGUAUAUACAAUGGAAAACCUUCCACACAUCGGCUCAACUCUUCUACGACGAUCUGAAGAUUGUGAGCGGCAUGAAUGAUCCAUUUGUAUCGGACUCUGGGGCCUUCAUAAACAUUUUUGAUCAACAGUCCUGGAUCUUCUUUUUGUCUUCGCUUUUCAUCCUGAUUGUCCUCUCCACGGCUUUCUACCGGAUCGCCGGAAGGCAAAGAGCCACCAGUCUGUUCAUGGAUAUUUCCAAGUACUUAUAUGCGUAUAUCGAAGUACUGUUUUUUGAAGCCACUAUGGUGAAGUUCGUGCCGCAAGCCAACCGCAUCCUUCUCGCUGUCUGGCUCAUCGCCUGCCUCAUUCUGAACAACCUAUUCAACGGAGAAGUGAAGGCCAACCUCCUGGUCAAGUCGGACACCGCACGCAUCAAUUCGGCCGAAGACGUCCUGCGCGACCCCAAGAUCGUGCCCAUCACGAUGAAGAACUCGCCGAUCACCACGGCCCUUCAGGUCUCGAGCAUGGAGUCAGUGCGGAAGUUGUACGACCGGAUGGCCGCCAUGGGGGGUGAGAUACCCGUCCCGGAAAUCUACACGGCCAAGACAAUGGAGCUCGUCCAGCAGCGCAAGGCAGUCAUAGUCACCGAUAUGAUGACCGGUCGCGUACAGUCGUCUCUCUUCUGUCCGGUCUUGAGCGGCUUCUUCUACGUGGGCACGCAGAUCCUCACCAGCCUGCGCUCCGUUUGGUAUUUUCGCAAUGGAAUCGAUCCUGCCGUCACCAGGGAAAUCGACAAGAGGAUCCUGUGGGUCUUCGAAAGCCCGUUUCCCCUGCUGCGCUACCACGAGCUCUUCCCCAAGGGGUCCACCUGCUUCCUGGACACGUACAAGCAGGACCGCAGCAGCUCUUUCCAUCCUCUCAGUUUCCGGGACAUGCGAGCCGUCUUCAUCCUGACCGGCUUCCUGUUCGCGCUGGCCUUUGUGUUCCUCUUUAUCGAGCUGGUCGUUUUCGGGCUUUACCGCUGCGCCGACUGCAUUGCGGGAGAGGCGCACGCUUACCCACGCUGA